AGAGCUUCAGCGCACCAUCUUCUAGCAGUGGCUGAGCAGACGAGAACUGAGGUGCGUCGAAAACAGUCAAAUAACCGCAGAAGAUCCUUUUUAGGUGAGAUUUUUGUAACCAAAAUUACGCACAGAUUGAGCUAUUGGUUUAUUUUAUUAUUCAAAGUUUGUGAGUGUAUUUACCAAUUUGCUUUUUUUGUUAUUUUAGAUUAAAUAUUUAUUCAAUCUUUGCAACAACAACAAAAAAGACGCUGCGUAAAAAGGCGCUUUUACGCACGAUGGAGCUUUUCCUUGAGCAGGAAAGUUGGUCUCAGAAUGUUUCAUCCAGAAAUUUUUCAUCCAGAAACGAAAGUGGAGCAGGAAACAACACAGUGAAUCAUCUAAAACGCAAUGAAGAAGUCGCCAAAGUGGAGGUGACCGUCCUGGUCCUGAUAUUGGUCCUCGCUCUCAUGGGCAACCUGUGCGUCCUGCUGGCCAUCCACACCACCAAGCACAGCCACUCGCGGAUGUAUUACUUCAUGAAACACCUGAGCAUCGCGGACCUCGUGGUUGCGGUCUUCCAGGUGUUGCCGCAGCUCAUCUGGGACAUCACCUUCCGCUUCUACGGACCCGACAUCCUGUGCAGGCUGGUCAAAUAUCUGCAGGUCGUGGGGAUGUUUGCGUCCACCUACAUGCUGGUGCUGAUGUCCGUGGACCGGUGCUUGGCCAUCUGCCUGCCGCUGCGCUCCGUCAACAGGAGGAAAGACCGCAUGUGCGUGAUCGCCGCGUGGAUGCUCAGCCUGCUGUUCAGCACCCCGCAAGUCUACAUCUUCUCCCUGCAGGAUCUCGGGAGCGGGGUCUACGACUGCUGGGGGGACUUUGUGCAUCCGUGGGGCAUCAAAGCCUACGUCACGUGGGUCAGCCUGAGCAUUUACAUUCUACCUGUGGCAAUCCUGGGCGUCUGCUAUGGGUUAAUAUGCUUUAAAAUCUGGGAGAACCUCAACAUGAAAACAAGGAGAGAUCACUUUGUGGCUCCACGGACGUCCAAAGGCGCGUAUCCACUGUCGCGCGUCAGCAGCGUCAGGCUCAUCUCCAAAGCCAAAAUCCGCACCGUGAAGAUGACCUUCGUGGUGGUCAUCGCUUACAUCGUGUGCUGGACUCCCUAUUUCUUCGUCGAGAUGUGGUCUGCGUGGGAUCCUGCGCCACCAAGAGAAGACACGGCCUUCAUCAUUUCCAUGCUGCUGGCCAGCCUCAACAGCUGCUGUAACCCGUGGAUCUACAUGCUUUUCGCCGGCCACCUCUUCCACGACCUGAUUCAGUGCUUCUCCUGCUGCUGCAGACACUACCGGACAGACUCUUCCUGCAGCUGCCGUCAACAGCGCAGCCGCCAGAGCAGCUCGUCCACCUUCGUCAUCAAGAACGCCGGCAGCCAGAGGAGCCUCACGCUCACGUCCAGCAUAGGGGGGCAGUGCUCUAAAGACAGCAGAUGAAAGCCUCCUGCAAGUUUUAGCCUUUUAUUGCAUAAAGCAAGUAUUUAAGAAAAAGCAGAAUCAAUCUCAUGCUCACAAAGACUGGAGAGAACAAAAACUGUAUUAUAUAAAUGUGAAAAAUGUGAUGUAAAAUUGUUUUUUUUCUCCUGCAUUUAAUGCAAGCAAGUAAGACAGAGACUCAUGAAUGAAAGAGUGAAGAUCAAUUUUUUUCCUGCAAAGAGGAAACAUAUUUACCUGUUAAAUGCACAAACUUUUGACAAAUUUGACAAAGAAAACAUAUGUGUCACUUUUUAAAACAGAUACAGUUUUCUACAUUCAAAGGAUAAAACUUUUGUUACUAUUUUUUUAUUUUAAUGUGCCGCAUCGUCUUCUUUUGGUCAUAGAUGUGCAUGUCUACGCCUCAGAACUGUUUUAUUCUUUAUUUUAACACAGACUGCAUGUAUGUCCUGCAGAAAAAAUAAACUUUCUGCUAUUAGUCCCUUAUUAACAGAGAAAUUUUUAUUACUUGAUGCUUUUUUUACUUUGCAUAAAAUUAAAGUAAAACAAAAAAUUCUCCACAUUUAAAAAAAUUAAGUCAAAUUAAAUAAAGACCUGUGUGUCACUGAAUUGUUUUCCUCAAUAAAUAAAGUCACAGUGAUUUAUUUAUUUUGUUUGUACUGUAAACAAAUCUUUUAAACAAAAAAAAAGUUGAUUUUUAAGGCGUUCACAAUGGAAAAUUGUACUCAAAUGUUCUAUUUGUUCACUCCAAGGUGCCAUUUGAAAACU